AAAACAUCCGAGCAGUUGAAAUGGCAAAAGGAAGUCUUCAGAGAGUUUGAUAAUCAACUUCAGAACAGCUUUUGGGGGAAUCAUAGAGAAACGAAAUCAGAGGCGAUACAUUGCAACUCUCUUGCAUUCCGUAAUGACUGCGAACGCUCUUAGUGGGUGACGCCCUGCGAUUAUGACAGUGUGGAGUGAGAUUUAUGCCUCCAUGAAAAUCAAAAGCUCAAAAUACAACUUUUAGACAGUGUUCGUUGUUUGCCGUGCUUGUGGCGUUGAUUUGUUCAUUAUGCGUGUCUGUAUUUCCCACCAGUUCAUAGAAAAUUACUGAAGAGGUAAGAAGUGUUCGUCGGCAAAAUGAAGAAAUAUCGUGACCUCCUUCACAGGCGCUGUGCCUCGUCUGCAUCCCGAGAAGAUUCAGGUGGCCGGAGGUGUAGCUGACUUUUUGCACCUAAUUUACCACCUGUAGUCCUCUACCAGUACACUCGCCGUCCUCCUUUCCUCCUUUUCCUUUAUUCGCUCUCCUCUUACUCCUCCCCCUCUUACUCCUCCUCCGACAGCUUGCAAACCUUGACUCUCUCUCUCUCUCUCUCUCUCUCUCUCUCUCUCUCUCUCUCUCUCUCUCUCUCUCAUUAAUAGAAAAUGAUACCCCGCAUCACGAACAACCGCACAGCGAACUGGGGAAAACACGUGCACAGUCUCUUCGGGCUCAAAGUCGCGGACUUCACGCCGGAGAAGUCAGGUGUUAACCUGGAUAACAGUCCGUUCAUCCUCGAUGAGUACCGGCCCCCUGGGGUGGAGGGCGGCGAGGGAUGGCCCCCUCCAGCAGUAGCAGGGUCAUCAGGAGGAGGGCGGGACUCUUCUUCUUCGGCCACCACGACCACGACCACGCUCUCGCCUUUAACCAGGUGGGGUAAUGGACACGCGGCCAGGAAGCACUUGCCAACCCAUUACGUCGGAGCGAUGGAUGCCGACGAAAUAGGAUACCUGCCCACUUCCUUUCAGGUGGACGACGAUGAAGAAGGGGACCACUCAGGGUCGAGCACAGCCACGACCUUACCUGACCUGACCGGGACUUUUGCGCUGCAUGACGACGACGACGAGGAUAACGCCAUCGGCGUCGGCGAGGACUUCUACCACAGAGUGAAAGGGACGGGUGGUGGCCUGGGCGCGAGGUACGGCAUCAACUUUGCCAUAGAUACGUCGGAUCGCAGUGACUCCCAGUGGUGGUUCAGGACGUCUGACACCUCAGGACCUUUGCUUCUCGAUGCCCAUAACAACGCAACUGAUUGGGUGAAUGAGACUUCCUGGAACUGGGCGUCGGACGCCUCCGCAACGGCCAUUAACGAAACGAUAGCGUGUUCCAACCUCUCUCACAAUGACUCGAGAUGCGCGUCGGAAGGAAGCGGCCCUCUGAUCAUCACUCCGGAGAGCCUCUCCCUCUGCCUCCUCCUCCUCUUCUUCGCCGUGUCGACCAUUUUCGGCAACGGCCUCGUCAUCGUGGCCGUCGCCCGAGAGCGGUACCUCCACACCGUCACCAACUACUUCAUCAUGUCCUUGGCCGUGGCCGACUGCCUCGUCGCCUUGGUCAUGCCCUUCAGUGCUCUCUAUGAUUCGUUUGAUUACUGGCCAUUUGGACCUGAUUUCUGCGACGUCUGGCGAAGCUUCGACGUCUUGGCUUCGACGGCGUCCAUACUGAACCUGUGCGUCAUAUCACUGGACAGAUACUGGGCCAUCACUGAUCCGUUCACGUACCCGAGUCGAAUGUCCCCGAGGAGGGCGUGCAUGCUCAUCGCCCUGGUGUGGGUAUGUUCUGCCCUGAUAUCAUUCCCGGCCAUCGCCUGGUGGAGGGCCGUCUCCGACCCCCAUCCCCCAGGAAACUGCCCCUUCACGGAAGAUCUGUCCUAUUUAGUUUUCUCUUCGACGAUAAGUUUCUACGGUCCGUUAUUCGUGAUGGUUUUCACUUACUUCCGCAUUUACAGAGCAGCGACAGAGCAGACGAAAUCUCUGAAAUUGGGGCAGAAGUUGGUGUCGACGAUGGGUGACGGCGAGAUGGAGUUGACCCUCCGAAUCCACAGAGGGGGAGGCGGGGGGAGUGGGGGGGCGAGUAGCAACGGAAACGGCAUGCCAAGGGCCCACUACCCCGCCGGGAAAACUUGUAGCUAUACCCAGGAGAACGGAGGCCUCGGGGACGCCCACGCCCUGAGCUCGCCCUUAGAUGACGGCGAGGGGUGCCCGCUGGGCCCUAUGCACGAGGGCGCCUCGCCUGACAGCUCAACGAAAAUGGUGGCGAGAAACAUUAAAAACUUUUCCAUAUCCCGGAAACUUUGUAAAUUUGCCAAAGAGAAGAAGGCUGCCAAGACCCUCGGCAUCGUGAUGGGGGUCUUCAUUGUUUGUUGGCUGCCGUUCUUUGUCACAAACCUCCUGUCUGGUUUGUGCGGGGAGCGAUGCAUCCGGGAACCUGCGUUGGUCGGGGGCGUCGUCACCUGGCUGGGUUGGAUCAACUCGGCAAUGAAUCCUGUUAUAUAUGCCUGCUGGGCGAAAGAUUUUCGAAGGGCUUUCACGCGAAUCCUGUGCUCUUGCUGCCCCAGAAGAUGUCGCAACAGAUAUCAAACCAGAUGGAAGGGUGGCAUUGCUCAGAUCAUCGUUACCCCUGUCGUGUCAACACUGAACACCUCCUUCAUCAAAACCGCAGGCAGCCGCCCUUACCCGCCGUCACCCUACUCGCCGGUGGCUCCUGCCCUAGCGACCGCCCUGGUCGCUGCCACGACGCCUUCCACUUCUGCGUAGUCCCCAGCCGGAGCUCAAGAUAAAACCACCACGAUUCAUCACCGCCUUUUUUAUCAUAAGAUUUUCGCCUAUAAAUACUUUAUCCUGAGAAUUCUUCUUCUUCUUCUUCUGCCUCCGUCUAAGAGGGGCCCCUUACCCGAGAUCACGAGAUAUGCAAUAUUGCAUUAUAACCUGUUAUAUAUUUACACGUACGUAUCACAUUCAAAAUUACAUAGUUAAGUACAAGUAUGCAUUAGAGUAGAAAAUUUUUUUAUUUUGAAGGGCGACAUUACAAGUACUAAAUCUAGUAUUUUUUUGGUUUUUGAGUUUGCAGUCUGUUUGCAUUCCUGUUGAGCAUACGAUCUUAAUGAAAUGAAGAUUAGAUUGAUUUUAGCAAUAUGCAAUGAAACGUGGCCUUGUGGGAAUAAAAACAAACACAUUCAUCCAAAAAAUUAAGAUAUUUUGCAAGUAUGUUAAAAAAACUGAUGCUCAAAUCAGGCUCAUAAUUAUUUGCAUCAAGAGGGUGUAAAACAUAUAAAAUUGUCUAUCAGUAGUUUUUAUUUUUCAUUUGAGAAAUUUUCCGGUCAAAUUCCACAGGCGAAAAUGGAAUGCCCCCUCGUGGCACUUUAGCGAAAGUUCCGAGAGUAGAUUUUUAUACCCGUGACAAGAUUAGGGUUAUCAGAUAUCUCAGGUGUCCUCUCUAUCUCUCUUAACGACUUAAUAAAUCACUUUAUGCAGAUUUCGUGGUCUCGCCUCUCUCUCUCUCUCUCUCUCUUUCGUGCCCAAAUCAACCUGCAACAUAACCGUUGAAUGAACUUUUGAACUUGCUGUUGUAUAUUUGAUAUGAUUUUUUUUUCUCAUUCUUUUUGGAAGAAAUGAAUAUAUUUGGUGUAAAUUGUCCCAAUAGCGGAGGCAAAAUGUACUUUUUUGUAGAUAUAUCACUGACCACAUAAUACUUUUCAUGUUAUGAUGACCAUGUUAGGCUGUAGUCCUUUGUAAAGAGAAAGUUUUAUGGUGUCUGAUGAUGGCGUGUGAGCCAUUGUUUUUACUGGAACAUGAUAGAUAACAACUGCCCUUUUUGACACAUCCAUUCUGAUGCCAAGUAAUCACAGAGUGAACUUUUCCCUCUCAGGUUUCAGUCGAAUUUCUCUUAAUCAUUUAUUUUUUUAUCGUCUUUUUACGUCUUAAAUUCCAUUAUCCUUCCAUCUAUUUCAUAUUUGAAAGUUAGAAUGUCUUCAAUUUGGAAAUCAUCUCUUCGGCUCCUGAAAUAUAGAAGCAGAACAUUGCCAGCUUAGUAGACUAUACUCUGUUUUUUUUCCAUCUGUCCAUCCGCCUGUGGUGUUUUUGUAUGGUAACACUGCGUCCCGGGCUUUAGAUAGUUACGCUAAUUGUAAGUUUUAGGUAAAUAAAAGGAUAUCUGGGUGUACAUUUGUAACUGAAAAGUGUUUUAAUAAUUUACUGUAUGCGAAUUACACCGUUAAUAUUCGAAAUAGGAUAUUAUUAUAAUCGUUGAAUGUAAGCUGAAUGUAACUAUCUAAAGCCCGGGACGCAGUGUUACCAUACAAAAACACCACAGGCGGAUGGACAGAUGAAAAAAAAACAGAGUAUAGGUAGUGAAUUUUCUUUUUAUGUGUUACGAACUCCAGUCCCUUUCGCUAUUUGGACGAUGCUUAGGUUUCCGCCAUAGAGUCCCACGGGCUUCUUCGGGACACCCCUGUCCUUCUUUCGUAAGUCUCCCUCCUGCAGGAUCUGGAGGGCGAAGUCGAUCUGCGGUCAGGGUUUAUCUCGUGUCUUUGAGUCUGUGAAACAUCUGAUUUCCUUCGUCUACCUUGACUGCUUUCCCUUCCAUUUGCUUCUCGUCCAUUUGGGAAAAAAUCAUUGUAACCCUGAAUUACGUGAUAUUUCUAAACCUUGGAAAAAUAAAUCAUUGUAAUCCUAAAUUACGUGAUAUUUCUAAACCUUGGAAAAAAAUCAUUGUAAUCCUAAAUUACGUGAUAUUUCUAAACCUUGGAAAAACAUCAUUGUAAUUCUAAAUUACGUGAUCUUUCUAAACCUUGGAAAAGAAAUCAUUGUAAUCCUGAAUUACGUGAUAUUUCUAAACCUUGGAAAAAUAAAUCAUUGUAAUCUUAAAUUACGUGAUAUUUCUAAACCUUGAAAUGGUGUUCAUACUUUCCCCCUAAUAGUCAUUCAUCACUGAUGGCGUACACAAUAAGUCUAACCAGGAAGUGAUUUAGCAGACGAGGACAUUCAACUCUCUAAGUUCAACAAGCUUGUGUAACCUGAUCUCUUCUAAAAGGGGUUUCCUAUGGCUUGACAACCCCGCGGAAUUUUCAUUGAUGAAGAGCGGCUAGAAUUCAUUUUAUUGACAAAUCCCUAAAUAGUUCGUGAAAGGAAGUCUUAUCAGUGAACCCUGCGUGGCAACGGCUGACGGUAAAACAAAUUGUGAGAAUACAUAUACGUGUGUGUGCAUAUAUAUAUAUAUAUAUAUAUAUAUGUGUGUGUGUGUGUGUGUGUGUGUG